ACUACUCCACCAAACCUCAAAACACUUCCAUUUCCAGUUAAUAUUGAUUUUACAGAGAUCGAUCGAUCGAGAGAUUCAAAGAUGAUGAUGAUGAAGAUGAAGCUUACUUUCUUCACUAUCUCCCUCCUCACUCUCUCCAUAUCAUCAACAUCUUCAAAAACCUGUCCAUUAGACCUAACCUACAUCGAUCAAAUCCCAUGGCCAACUUCCGAUUGCCACAAACUUCAAUCCUCCUUCAACACUCCCGCCAACACAACUCAAUGCUGUCAAACUCUCCUCUCUCUAAUCGGAAUCGCCUUCGCUCAAUACCUAAAAACCUCCUCACAAUUCCAAUUACCAGAUCUCCAAACCUCAACUUCCUGCCUCGACGAUUUCCAAUCAAAACUCGACUCUCCAUCUCUCUCCCUCCCUCCAAAUCUAACCUCCCUAUGUUUCGAUCCACUCCAAUUCGUAAUCUCCCCAAACAUGUGCGCAAAAAUCGAAUCCACCAAAGACUGGAUCUCAACUCUAGGUCAAUCAACUCAACUCGAUACAGCAUGUAAACCAGACCUAACAGAUCUAACCUCCUGUGAUGCUUGCGUUGUCGCCGGAUUUACCGUUUUGAAAAACCUAAUCGCUAUAGACGGUAACACUUCUCAUUCUAUCAAAUGUUUUUACUUCACGAUUGUUUACGCUGCUGGAAUUAUUAAUGAAUUUGGACCUCAAAGCAAUGGAGCGAUUUCUUGUAUUUUUGGAUUAUCUCUUGAUUAUAGAUCUGGAUCUUCGAAUAAACAUGCUAGGCUUGUUUAUAGUUUGACUGGAGUUGGAGUUGCUUUGUUAGUUAUGUCUGGUUUUGUUUGUAUGUAUUUUGUUUGGGAUAAGAAGGUUAAGAGAUUGAAGAAGAAGAAGAAGGUUAUUAUGGAUGAAAAUGAUGAAGAGAAUUCUAGGGUUAGGGUUAGACCUAAUACAGGUUCAAUCUGGUUUAAAAUUGAUGAACUUAAGAAAGCAACUGAUGGUUUUUCUCAGAAGAAUUUCAUUGGUAGAGGUGGAUUUGGACUUGUUUAUAAGGGAAUUCUUUCAGAUGGAUCGACUGUUGCUGUUAAGAAAGUAAUCGAAUCGGAUUUUGAAAGAAACGAUGAUUUCUGUAAUGAAGUUGAGAUCAUAAGUAAUUUGAAACACAGGAAUUUAGUCCCACUUCGAGGCUGCUGUGUUACUGGCGAAGAAAACUCUGAUUACGACGAGAGAGGUAGCGAACGGUUCUUGGUUUACGAUUACAUGGUAAAUGGAAACCUCGACGAUCAUCUAUUCCCGUCUGAAACACACAGUGGAAUCAGAAAACCUCAAUUAACAUGGCCUCAAAGGAAGAACAUUAUAUUAGAUGUUGCUAAAGGUUUAGCUUACCUUCACUAUGGAGUAAAACCCGCGAUUUAUCAUCGCGAUAUAAAAGCCACAAACAUACUUCUCGACGUUUCAAUGAGGGCUAGAGUAGCUGAUUUCGGUUUAGCGAAGCAAAGCCGAGAAGGUCAGUCUCAUCUAACCACGAGAGUAGCGGGCACCCACGGUUACCUUGCCCCCGAAUACGCACUCUAUGGGCAGCUGACUGAAAAGAGCGACGUUUAUAGUUUCGGAGUGGUGGUACUUGAAAUAAUGUGUGGGAGAAGGGCUCUUGAUUUCUCGGGCUCAAAUUUGUUCUUAAUAACUGAUUGGGUUUGGUCUAUGGUGAAGGCGGGAAAAGUAGUUGAUUCUUUGGACGGUUUUCUGUUGAGGGAAAAUGAGAAUGGGGCAAGUUUUUCGAAUCCGAAAGCGAUCAUGGAGAGGUUUGUUCUUGUUGGGAUUUUAUGUUCUCAUGUUAUGGUAGCGUUGAGACCGACUAUUAUGGAAGCGAUUAAGAUGUUGGAAGGAGAUAUCGAGGUGCCUUUGAUACCCGAUAGGCCGAUGCCUUUGGGAUAUCCUGGUUUUCACGGAGAUGGUGCUAUGAAUUUUAGCAUUUCGUCUGCAUUGAGUGGACCUCAAUUGCAGACGGGAGACAUGCUCCGAUAAAGGAUAAUGAAGUUGAUAAAUGGGGUGUUUGUUAUGAAUUAGGGUUUGGGCAUAAGAUUUGUUAUGUUAAUGCUGUGUGGCUAGUUUAUUUGUUUUGGGGGGUGUUUGUUGAAUUAGUGUAUGUAUAUUUAGUAUGAAAUAGGACAUGUACAUAAAUUUGGUUCUAAAUUAAUAAAAGAGAAUGUUACAAGUACUCAAGA